UUCUCUUAAGUCUCAUCCUCUCCCACGGCAAAUUCCUCUGAUCCCCACUUCCAAAACCUCUCUCUCUCUCUCUCUCUCUUUACACACACACACACACACACACAUAUAGAUACAUAUAUGUAUAGAAAGAGAGAUAGGUAGAUAGAUAGAUAGAGAAGGAGAGCAGUGAAACAACAAGAACAAUCAUGAGUACAUCAUCUACCAAUAACUCUGUUUCACCAUCAUCGCCAUCUUCUCCACCUCCGGUGGCUCCUCCGGCUUCAUCAAGGCAUGUUUCGGUGGUAAGCCCCUGCGCUGCGUGUAAGAUCCUGCGGCGGAGGUGCGCCGAGAAGUGCGUGCUGGCGCCCUACUUUCCGCCCACUGAUCCGCUCAAGUUCACCACCGCCCACCGCGUCUUUGGCGCCAGCAACAUUAUCAAGUUCUUGCAGGAACUCCCAGAGUGCCAAAGGGCAGAUGCAGUGAGCAGUAUGGUUUAUGAAGCCAAUGCCAGGCUCAGAGACCCAGUUUAUGGCUCAGCAGGCGCAAUUUGCCAGCUCCAGAAGCAAGUCAGUGAGCUCCAAGCCCAGCUAGCCAAGGCACAAGCCGAGCUGGUCACCAUGCAAUCCCAGAAUGCAAAUCUGGUGGCCAUGAUCUGCAUGGAAAUGGCUCAAUCUCCACAAGCCUCGCCGCCGCCGCCGCCGCCGCCGCCGCAGCAAUCUAAUUUCGACAACUUCAUCAGUAAUCCCCAGAGUUUCUACAGCAUCAAUCCCAGCUUCCUGGAUGAGAACAAUCUUAACUCAUUAUGGGAGCCUCUCUGGACAUGAUGACGAUCACUUGAAAACCCUAAUUCCAUGAUGAAAUUAAACUACUGAAACCCUUGCUAAUUCCAUGUAUUUCUCAUCUCCUAACUCCAAGGCUAGCUAGCAAGUUGCAAGAAAUGGGAAGGAGACGAAGUCGCUGAAUUAAAAAAACAAUUAAUUUCGAAUGAAUAAAGUUGAGAUUGUAUGACCAAGUGAGUCAAAUUAAGAUAAGGCAAGUUAGGUUUGUAGUGUUUUCUCUGAUAAAUGCAAAAAGAAGUUGAUGGGUCGUUUCCAAUUGCAUGUUAUGGUUUAAUAUUGGAACAAGUCUUUGUUUGCAAGUCCAAUCAGACGGCCAUUAUUGAAUCUUAAACAACUUUCUGGUUACCUAAUGCUCAUUUUCUGAAGCUGAUGUUACGACUGGUUCUUGACCAUGUACGUGUUUAUUAAUUGUUAAUCAACUAUCCAUUAAUAUAUGAAUUUUCCA